AUGCCUCAGGAGAAACCAGCACCAACAACAUCUCAAACGACAACGGCUGCAACAAUUACUGCAACAACUAGUACACCAAGAACGACAACUACAAUCUCACAACCAACAACAACCCUGAAUCCCAAGUUACCAUCCUACACAUCGUGCAUGAACGUUCGAGCCAAAGUAUCGGGAGUGUAUAUCAUUCGUUUGAACAACGGUACGCGGUUUAAAGUAUACUGUGAGAUGGAACAAUUUGGAGGUGGCUGGAUUGUUAUACAACAUCGGUUUAACGGUUCGGUCGAUUUUUACCAAAAUUGGGACCAAUACCGUGGCGGCUUUGGUGUGGUGGACAGUGAAUUCUGGCUCGGGUUGGAGCGAAUUCAUCAAAUAACAAUGGCCCGUGCGCAUGAAAUAGUGAUCGAGAUGAGGGACUUCUUUGGCAACUACGGGUAUUCCCGUUACGAUGCAUUUCAAGUAGGUAGCGAGAGUGAGCAAUACAUCCUUAAAACCCUGGGAUCGUACAGUGGCACUGCUGGUGAUUCAAUGAGCCAGCUCGACCGGGGAUCUAAGUUCUCUACGAAGGACAGGGAUAAUGAUCCGGUGUCUUCCGGUCAUUUUGCUGCCAUGGACGAAGGUGCUUGGUGGUACGGUUCUAGUAACUUUGCAACCUUGAAUGGACCAUACAAGAAUGUUACCGAGAGUUACAAAUCAAUAGUUUGGCGCUCUUUCAAAAACGACGUUCGAGGAUUAAGCUUCACCAGGAUAAUGAUACGUGAGUUGUAA